AGAUUAAUUCACAUUUACGUUCCCUGCUUCUUUCUCCAUGAUCUCUGUAUGUCUGCAGUGGUUUGUUUAACACUGAAUGGUGGUGAAACAAGGUCAGCUAUUUUAUUUUUUAUUUUUUUGCAUUUUGUGUUAUCAUCCUCUCACCAAUCCUCUCACAAGACACACUGUAUCUUUUUGCUAUCAUAUGGAUUUUAAACAGUGCUAUCAUGGACACCUGCAAACCCACACCUGGUGCUAAUAUCUGUCCAUGUUGCCGGUUCAGGUGUGAACAGUUUCAGGCGGCCUGGGUCACUUGUUAUCGGGGAAGAACAAAGUCGUCCCUUUAGAUAAAGAGGAUUGUCAAAUCUCUUUACAGGAAAUGAGAUGUGUUGUUUAAUAAGUUGCUUAAUAAAGGUGUCGGACAUUACUCUGAUUAGAUACAAGAGUUCCAAGACUGACUGGGAAAUGACGCUGAAUAUUAAUAAGUAGCCGGCUCCUCCCUCUGCGCUCUGAAGUUCUCAUACGUAAACAACAGGUUGUGUUGCAGGCUUUGUCUCUCCAUUGGAAGAAACCCAAAGAAACACAAUGCAUCUUCUCCUCCUGGCUGCUACCUUUGUGCUCGCAGGAGCUUACCCCCUGGAACACGUGAGGGAGUGCGAGCCUCAUUCAAGGCCCUGGCAUGUGAGACUGCACGGUGGAGGAGUGUCAUGCAGCGGAGCGCUCAUUGACGAGUGGUGGAUAGUGACUUCUUUUGAGUGUGCACCUACAUCCUAUCAGACCGUUGCCUCUCUUGGGGAACAUGACUCAAGUGUGGAGGAAGGCACAGAGCAGCACAUCCUGGUUUCUGACGUGAUCCAACACAGUCCCUACCGCUCGCCUCUCCACAGCCUCACCAUGGUGCGUCUGUCUGCGCCUGCCAGGUUUAACCAGUAUGUCAAACCAAUCCCACUGCCAACCCGCUGCCCAAAGACCGGGGAGAUCUGCUCCAUCAGCGGCUGCGGCUCCACAGAUCCAAACCAGUAUGACCCCUCCCAGCACCUGAAGUGUCUUACUGUGCCUGUGGUGGAUGAUAUGACUUGUUUGAAUACCUUCCCUCCAUAUCUGUUCUGGGGUGUCAUGGUCUGCGCCGGUCAAGCAAACACAGAUAACUGCCUGACUGGCCGCAGCAACGUGAUGGUGUGCGCCGGUGAACUGCAGGGUCUGACGUGGUUCAAUCACGGCUGCGAGGAUCCAGCUCACCCCACAGUUUACACCAAGAUGUGUGAAUACACCCGCUGGAUUAAAGCCGUGAUGAGCACGUAUUCUCCAAAGACCACAACUGCUUUCCCCUGGACGACAUAAGGCAGCAUUGGCACGCACAUCUGCAUUCAACAUGAGGAG